GAGCAGGCCUUCAAGGCAAUGGCCGUCACGAAACCAAUAAUGAAACCACGUCUUUAAUUUUCGAAGUUAAACUCAGACUAACGUAAAAGUAAAAACGCGGAAUAAAUAAAUAUCUGAUUCCUCCAUCCGUUUCUUGUCAGUGUCACCCCACUCUCCUCAAACAAAUCACCAAGCUCUCUUUCUGCACAAGAACAAUGCCUGAGAAAAUAACAUCAGAGGACCUUUUGAACAAUCUAGUGGAGACCAUUGCUGAUAGUGUUUCUAAGCAGAAAUCUGUGUCCUUUUUUGAGGAAGAGAAAUCAAACUCAGUUGUUUCUAGCUUGAAUCGGCUUUUUGGACGCCAGAGGCCUGUCCACCAUAUUUUGGGGGGUGGAAAAUCUGCUGAUGUUUUGUUAUGGAGGAACAAGAAGAUCUCAGCCAGUGUUUUAGCUGGUGCAACAGCAAUAUGGGUUCUAUUUGAAUGGCUUAAUUACCAUUUCCUGACUCUGUUAUGCUUUGCAGUGGUUCUUGGCAUGCUUGCUCAGUUUGUUUGGUCAAAUGCCUCAGGCUUACUUAACAGGUCACCUUCUGAAGUGCCACGGCUUUUUCUGCCUGAAGAAUUAUUUGUCAGCAUUGGUAGGUCACUUGGUGCCGAGGUGAACCGAGGUUUACAGUUUCUUCAGGAUGUUGCAUGUGGAGGAAACUUGAAACAAUUUCUUGUGGUUGUGUUAAGCUUGUGGGUUGCUGCUGUUAUAGGAAGUUGGUGCAACUUUCUGACUGUUUUGUACAUUGGUUUUGUUGCAGCCCAUACAUUACCAGUCCUCUACGAGAGGUAUGAUGAGCAAAUCGAUAGCUUUGUGUACAAUUUCCUUGACCAGUUUCGGAAUCACUAUAAGAAGUUGGAUACUGGUGUUCUGAGCAAGAUUCCCAAGGGAAAGUUCAAGUUGAAGAAGCAUGAUUAGGUACAUUUGUUGACAUUCAAUAGAUCUUCUGAGUUUCUCUAGCAUAUCUUAAUUGUGUUGGGGAUCCAGUAAAGCAGGUAUAUGUAGAAUAUGUUUGUGGUAUGAUUUGUGAAAAUAUGGUAUGUUAUUCUUGUGACAUCACUUUGGAUCUUGGAAUUAUCUUGUUAAGGUCCGUUGCUUGGAUUAUUUCUCA